AUGCAGUCUAUGGCUGCGGCCUCUGGGAAGACGCAGCCACUUUCGUCCCUCACCACACUCACCCAGUUUGAGCUUAAGGUGCAGGUUGUGGACGUAGUUGGGGAAGAGGAUGACCGAGCCCUCGCGCGUGUAGGUGGUGGACAGCUUCAGGAAGAGCACCUGUCCUGCGCUGAACUACUCUCUGCAGCUCCAAGGUGUGGUCCGCAUAGUUCCCGCCCACAAACACGGUAUUCUUCCCCAACUCCUGGAAGCCGGACAGCUGCCCACCUGCUGCCAGGGCUCUUGGCGGUUGCCCAUGGAAUCAGACGGAUUUUGCAGGGCCAGUCACCUGACGCCUACGGCUACCGGGAGAGGACGAACUACCUAGGCGUCUUGCUUGGCGUUCUGCCGGCUGGCACCGCCCCGGCGCUCAGCCUUCUGGGAGCCACUCUCCGGCGAUGUCAGCACUUGGGCCUGGUCCAUGGAGAGGUGGAGGUUCUAGAAUAUCUCCGUUUGUUCUCAGAUGCUCCUCAUUUGCUGAAUUCAAUAAGAAGCCAGGGGGACAGGAGCCUGUUAAAUGCAGCCUAUCCUUUGAUAGAAUCCAGCCAGUCUCUUGGGCCGUGGAGCAGGUGGAGAAUGGAUCUGAAGGGUCAAGUGGAACAUACCCAGCUGACUCGGCUUCCUGGAGCUCGCAUGUUGGAGAGUCUUGCUGAUUUCCAAGCAUGGAAUUGGAGAAAGGAGACUGGGAUUGGGCUCCUUGAAGGUCAGUACUUCACUUUCUUGUUCAUCACUGACUCAUCAGCUCCAGCUCAGCACCUUUCCCAGCAGGCAUUCUGGAAAUACUGUCGGACGAAUGAUUUAGUGGAAUAAUGUGAGCCCACCAGAAGGUCUCUAGUAGAAUUGGUGGAUGAAAGCCAGAAAUUAAAACAAGCAUUUUGAUACAUGCUGCACACUGGCUUUUCCAGAGUGAAAGAUGAGUCCAUGGCACACCCACAAAAAAAAAAAAAAAUGAACAACCAUGCUUCUAAAUUGGCAGAGUCACAAGGCAUAAGGAGUGUGGGUCCUUGAGUUACCACAAGAAGAGAGCUUCCAGCUAAAAAGUAAGUAGCCCCUUCCUUGAACUGUUAAGGGUAUGAAGGAAAAAAUUUCUAUUGUUUUUGAUCCCUUAUUUAUGUUGGGGUAUAUUUAUUAAUGCAGACUAUCCUACCAAACUGAUACUACAAUAUUUUCUUCAGUCUUCAAUCCCUAAGUAAUAAAACCCUAUAAACAAGAACAAGUCAGGAAAUAGCAAAGAUGUUUCAAAGAAUUAUAUGUAACAAACAGAAAAAAAAAGAAAGAUACUCAUCUAAGUAUUUUGCCUCU